AUGGCCGUGGUGGCGGAGGGGGCUGCGGGCUGGGUGUUAGACACGUCCUCGCUCCUGGAUCAAAGUUACUCCCGCUGUAUCCGCUGGGCUGGAGCCCACAAGACCGCCGUCACCUGUCGCUGCAAAAGCCACUGUUUCCAAACGCUGCGAAGUCAUUUUAAAGACACAGGUGAUGCUGUCAGUGCUGGGGAGGCUGUCACCUCCAACAAGAAAAGGAAGCGGAAACGCACAGACUUCAACCAAGGAGAAAUUGAUAUUCAAGCUUUUCAUGAUAAGGUUCGUCCCAUCAUUCUGGACGGCACAGAGGCUUUAGUAGAGUCGGCCAGAGCACGUGGCUGUCUGACCACUGCAGGAGAAACGACCAAAGACUGUGUUCUUCUCCCUGAAUGUGGCCUGAGCGCUCUGUGCGAAAUGGCCACACAGCUGCCCCCCACAGACGCAGAGGAGCAGGACGGUCUCCCACAGAUCCUUGAGGGAGGCUCCACAGUGAAUCUAGAUCUGUUCUCUAGAAUGACUGAGAACAAGUCGGACUCUGCUGCGGUGGUGACUCUGAUGGGGGAGGAGUAUGUGGUGCCUGCCAAAUCCACGUUCCUGCUUUCGGACAUCAGUAGACUUCAACCUCUUCUGAGCUGCAAAGCAAAAUAUGACUUGGUAGUUAUUGAUCCUCCAUGGGAAAACAAGUCUGUCAAAAGAAGUCGCAGGUAUAAUGCUUUGCCUUCAUCUCAGUUGAAGAAGUUGCCUAUUCCUCUACUGGCCUCUUCAGACUGUCUGCUGGUCACGUGGGUAACAAACAAACCAAGCCAUUUGCGAUUUGUCCGCCAUGAGCUCUACCCACAGUGGGGCGCGGAGGCCGUAGCUGAAUGGUUGUGGGUCAAGGUCACAGCAUCGGGACAGUUUGUCUUCCCCCUCGAUUCGCAGCAUAAAAAACCAUAUGAAGUGCUAGUUCUUGGCAAAUUCUCUUCUAAUAGCAGUUUAUCUGAAGGUUCGGGUGAGUCAUUGCCAAUAGAGGAUCAUCGUUUGAUAAUCAGUGUGCCGUCAACUCUCCAUUCCCAAAAGCCCCAACUUUCAGAAGUGCUGAAGCCCUUCAUCAGACCCAACGCUAAGUGCUUGGAGCUCUUUGCGCGGAAUCUCCUCCCGGGUUGGACCAGUUGGGGAAAUGAGGUCCUCAAAUUCCAGCAUGCGAGCUAUUUCACCGUGACACCUGCAGACGACAAAGCCAGCUCCACCUGA